UAAGCGAUGGAGUUGAUACAAAAAAAAAUUAUAAAUCAACAUUUUCUGAUACAAAAUCUAAUAAAAUUGCUGAAUUAUUUAAAAUUGAUACACAAAUUGAUUUAACAAUAUCAAAAACAAGUUCAGCAUUAGCUGGUUCAUCAACAAAUGAUACAAAAAUAUUAUUAAAUAAUGAAAAAUCACAGUCAAUUGCAAAUAAAUCUAGCCCAACUGAGAUACAAAAAAAUAUUCCAAAAAUAAGUGAAACAUUGGAUCUAUUAAAAGUUGAUAAUAAUCUAGGUUUAAAACAAACAGAAGGAAAUAAAAGGUCAGCUUUUAUUGAAGAUUGGAACAAAACCACGAACUGCUAAAAAUAUUGCUCAAACAAAUAAAACAACAACUGUUGGACGUCUUGAUGAUAAUUUAACACAAUCAAUGCCAAAUUUUUUAAAUAAUAAUGAUGCUCAAACUGUUAAAACAUCAUCAACUGGUUUUACACUUACAAAUUCAGCAACUAGAGAGCCAAGAAGAAGAGCUAAAUCAAAUAUUCUUGAUGAUCCUCUUGGUCUUUUGGGAACAACAUCAAAACCAACUGAAGAAAUUGUCCAACAGGUUCAGCCUAAAGUUGAUGUAAAAAAAUCAGUAAAUGCAUUACCACAAGAUGAUCUACCAGAAUGGUUAAGUGGUACAAAAAGAACAACAAAUUCUGAAAAAUUAGAUGAUAAAAUUAAUAAUAAAGAAGCUGAAGUAUCAAAUUUAACAUCAACAUUUGAUGUAAAAAAUAAUACAAAUGAUAAAAAUACUAAAGAUAAAUGUAAUAAUAAUUUAUCAUUGUUAACUGAAACCCAGCUUGAACAACAAGCUUCAAUUGUUGCUCUUCAUCAACAAGAACAUGAACUUCGUACUGCCAAAAUAUUGACUGAACAAAGUGAUCAACUUAAUAGCAUUGUUUCUACACAAAAAGCCAAAAUUGAAGAACAAGAAAAAAUGUUAAAUACACUUGUUAAAAGUCAAGUUGAACGUCAAGCAAAUUUAGAUACACAAAUUAAAAUGCAACAAGCAAAAAUUGAUCAUUUUAUACAGGCACUAUCAAGACAACCAAGUCUUCCAGUAAUUUUUAAAAAUGAAAAUGAUGGUAAUGAUAAUAUUGAGGAUAAUAUACAUCAUGAAAAUAAAAAUAUUGAAACAGAAAGUAUGAUAAAUAAAUUAAAAAAUGAUACUGAAUUAUUAGAAAAUAAUUAUGAAACAAAAAUAGAAAAAUUAAUAAAUGAAAAAAAACAAUUGGAGGAUUAUUACAAGUUACAAAUUGAAACUUUAAAGACUGAUCAUGCUGAAUAUGUCAAAGAAAUUUACAAUAGACACUUGGAACAAAUUAAAUUAUUACAAAAUGAGCAUUCCAAUAUGAUGGAAAAUAUUUGUCGAUCAAAAGAACUUGAAAGGCAAACUGUGGAUUUUAUUCAAGAUAAAAAAAAUGAUCUUGAUAAUGUGCUCAAACAAUCUCAAUUAAUUUUUAAUAAUAUUCAAACAUUUUCUGAUAAAUUAAAUAACAAAGAUCAACAAAUAACUGAUAAACAAAAUGAUGCAUUAAAAAAAGAAGAAGAAUAUUUACAAGAGAUGAAAGAAAAUUUGAAAAAUCAACAAGACUCAAUGGAAAAAGAACGAAGGCAAUUAAUUAUUGCUGCUGAAAAAAUCGAAACACAAUCUUUAAAACUAUCAUCAGAAUAUAAAAAAAAUUCUGAUAUUCAAGAUGACAUAGAAUCAAGAUUAAAAAUUCGUGAAAAAGAUUUACUUCGAGAAAAGGAAUUAUUUUUAGAACAGAGUAAAUGGGAACGUAAACAUAUUCAAUACAUGAAAGAAACAUGGACAAUUGAGCAAAAACGACAAAUGCAAAUGAUAGCUGAUGAACGUGAAAAGUUACAUGCAGAAAAAGCAAAAUUUGAAGUAUUAAAUAAUUUAAAAUGCAAUUCUGAUGAUAUAACAAAAGCUGAAUUGGAAUCAGCAUUGAAUACAGCCCGACAAGUUGCAAAAGAAGCUAAUGCUGAAAGAGAAAAAUGGCAGGAAAGAGUUGCUUCACUUGACAUUGAAAAAAAACGUAUACAAAUUAAAGAAAAAUCAUUAACUGAUAAAGCAAGAGAGCUAGAAAAUUUAACACAAUCAGCAAUAUCAAAACGUGAUGAAGGCUUGAAAGCACUUAAAGAUGCUCAUUAUCUUGAAAAACAACAGACUGAUAAAAUGAGUAUACAGCUUGAAAUGCUCGCACAACGUGAAAAUAAAAUUGCUACAGAUAAACUAUCAUUAGCAAGAGAUAGAUUAAUAAUGAAAACAAGCCAAAGAGAAAAACCAGAAAAAGACAUGACAAGUAAUUAUCAUUAUUCGAAAUAUGAAAAUGAUGAAAAACAUGAAUCACAAAUACAAACACAUUUUUCGGAUAUUGUAGAUCCAAAAUUGAUUCUUUUAAAAUUGAAUUUGGACAAUAAUUUGAGUACAUCUAAUCAGCUAUUAUCAGACAUGCAGAUAACUAAUUAA